AUGAACAAGCGGAAACAGUCCAAGAACCUUUUCUUAUCUGAAUAUGACAUCGAUGUAAAGAAUUUGAUUCGCAGCGAUUAUGAAGAUGAAAUUUUAACCAAAUACUUUGAGCUGGGCUUCGAUGAGAAAGAUAUGAAUACCGAAGAUGUUUAUGAUUUUCUAAUAUCUCUCGAAGUUCCCACAAUUUUUGUUGAUAAAUAUUGUGAAACUUUGCCGGAAAACGACCUGAAGUUCAUGGAUUUGGUGGUUCCCGGACUAGAAGAUGAUGGAAUCAUUGAUUUUGAUAGGUUGGUGUUUUUCUGUUGCAAACUUUUGGUUCUCCGAAAUAAUUUCGAUUACAUAGAAAAAUUUUGGAAAGUUUUCAUCACAUACUUGGAUAGAGCCAAAGAAAAGAGUAAUAAUCAGCAGAAACAAUCCGGGAGACAAGAUGGUACUUUGUUUGAUCCAUUUAUGAGAAACAGAGGCGUAAAGUCAGUAUGUGACCGAGAGAUAACAUAUCCUGAUUUAAAGACGGUAAUCAAAAGCCUAAAAUUGGAUGAUAAGAUUAAUGAUAGCUUAAUGAUUGAUAUGAUAGCUAAUGGGUCGGACAAUGCUAGACCAUUUGUUAAUUUUUUUGAUUUUCUGGUUUUGUUAGGUAAGAUGGAUGAACUUCAGUGA